UGGAUAACCACCGCUGGUCCUCCGAGAGUGAACCAGCCGGUCCUCCAGUGGAGUUCCGCGCUGGUGCCCGAGGGUAUAUGAGGAGCGGCGGAGGCAGGAGGCGGGCACUUUGUCGGAGCAUCUCGGCUUGGGUGCGGUCUGCAGAGGGUAGAAUCAACAACAACCAUGCCGACCUCAAAAGAUGCUCAGCAUGAAAUGGGAACAGCUUUCAUUCAACGCCAGCAGCUGCAUGCUGCCAUGGCUGACACUUUUCUGGAGCACCUGUGCUUGUUGGAUAUAGACUCUGAAGCAACAAUUGCACGAAACACUGGCAUUAUUUGUACCAUUGGCCCUGCAUCCAGAUCUGUUGAGAUGCUGAAAGAGAUGAUCAAAGCUGGAAUGAAUGUUGCACGGAUGAAUUUUUCACAUGGAACACAUGAGUACCAUGCAGAGACAAUCAAGAAUGUCCGUGAGGCCACAGAAAGCUUUGCUGACAACCCCAUCAACUAUAGGCCAGUUGCCAUUGCUUUGGACACAAAAGGACCUGAAAUUCGCACUGGACUUAUCAAGGGAAGUGGCACUGCUGAAGUUGAACUGAAGAAAGGAGCUAAGCUUAAAAUCACACUGGAUGAUGCCUAUAAAGAGAAGUGUGAUGAAAAUAUCCUGUGGUUGGACUACAAGAAUCUGACUAAAGUGGUUGAUAAAGAUAGCAGAAUCUAUGUGGAUGAUGGCUUAAUUGCUCUCCGUGUAUUGGACAAAGGUGCAGACUAUUGUAAUACUGAGGUUGAGAAUGGUGGUUUCCUGGGUAGCAAAAAAGGUGUCAACUUGCCAGGAGCAGCUGUUGACCUUCCAGCUGUCUCAGAGAAAGAUAUCCAAGACCUAAAAUUUGGUGUGGAGCAAGGAGUAGACAUGGUGUUUGCCUCUUUCAUUCGUAAGGGUGCUGAUGUCGAUGCUGUGCGAGCUGUCCUUGGUGAGAAAGGAAAGAAGAUCAAAAUUAUCAGCAAAAUUGAGAACCAUGAGGGAGUUCGUCGAUUUGAUGAGGUCCUGGAGGCCAGUGAUGGCAUCAUGGUUGCUCGUGGUGACCUGGGCAUCGAAAUCCCUGCUGAGAAAGUUUUCCUUGCUCAGAAGAUGAUGAUUGGACGUUGUAACAGAGCUGGCAAACCUAUCAUCUGUGCUACUCAGAUGUUGGAGAGUAUGAUCAAGAAACCCAGACCCACCCGAGCCGAGGGCAGUGAUGUAGCUAAUGCUGUACUAGAUGGUGCAGAUUGCAUCAUGUUGUCUGGAGAAACUGCAAAAGGAGACUACCCCCUUGAGGCUGUAAAAUGCAGCACUUGGUAUGUAAUUGCUCGAGAGGCUGAAGCUGCCAUGUACCACAGGCAGCUAUUUGAAGAGCUGCGUCGCUUGUCACCACUUUCUCGUGAUCCAUCUGAUGUGGCAGCCAUUGGUGCUGUGGAGGCAUCUUUCAAGUGCUGUGCUGCUGCUGUGAUAGUGCUGACUAAGUCUGGAAGGUCUGCACACCUGGUGUCCAGAUAUCGCCCACGAGCUCCCAUUAUUGCUGUAACUCGUGAACCUCAGACUGCACGUCAGGCCCACCUUUACCGGGGUAUCUUCCCAGUCCUCUUCAAACCACCAGCUGAUGCUGUCUGGUCUGAUGACGUUGAUCACAGAGUGAAUUUUGCAAUGGAAGUUGGCAAGGCUCGUGGUUUCUUCAAGCCGUGUGACCUAGUGAUUGUACUGACUGGCUGGCGCCCAGGAUCUGGAUCCACCAACACCAUGCGUGUACUGCAAGUGUCCUGAGCGUGGUUAGGACUUGAUAUCUGAUGUCCACUGCAGUAUCACCUCCCUCUAGGCAGCCAUAGCUUUGUGUACUGCAGAGCACCUUCACUUAAGCAAAUUAAAGAGAAUGCAACCCUUGUAAUGUGUUCUGCUCCUGAUUGCUCUGCUGUGUGGCACCUGACUGCCUGAUGUAAGACUACAUAAUGCUUCAGUCAGUGUACUGUAAGUGCAUCAUACCCACACAAACCUUUAUUUAUAUUUUGGUUAAAAUUAGUGCUUUGGUUAAUUUUUUAGUUCUGGAUUAUUUAGAAAUUGUUUAAAUCUUCCUUUAAAUUGGUGUCUGAUAUUAGGCCUAAUUUCACAGUACAACAUGCUGUUGUAAACUAUAGAAGUAAAAUUCACUUUAAAUGUUGAAUGUUUGCAGAUGAUGUCAAUAAAAGCUAGCUUCCACAGUG